GGUGUUUACAUUAAACUGUCUUCGAGCAACAAAACCGCAACAUAUACGCCCACACAACGUCCAACCGACCGUCAAACAGGUGUGACGCAGUACAUUUUAAGCAUUAAAAUUUUCGAAAUCAGGAUAAAUUUUUCAAAAGUUCAAAGAAAAUCGCAAAAAAAAUGUCUCGCACACUCUCCGCAUUCAUCGUCUUCUACACUAUCGCUGUGGCUUGCACACAAGCGGCUGUCAGCAAUAAUUCAGCGCGUCCAAACAAUCAAUACUCCGGCAACUAUCAACAAAAUGAUGCCGCCACUUCAACUUUUUACGCAAAUAAUCAAAAUCAAUAUGCGCAGCAUACUCGCUUAAACGUUGCCAAUCAGCAAAACUACCAACCACAACAACAACAGCAGCCACAACAGCAACAACAACAGGAUGUUGUUAAGGAAAAAGACGUUUUGGAGCGUUUCCAUCACCGCUUCCCGGAUGGCAGUUAUGAGUUCAGAUACGAAUUGACCGAUGGCACGGCACGCUAUGAACGCGGCUAUUUCCUUAGCUUCGACAAAAUCAAGACACUAGUUGUGGUCGGCUAUUACUCUUAUCGUCAAACUGAUGGCCGUUACAUUACUGUUUUCUACAAUGCCGAUCAAAAUGGCUACAGGCAAAAUCAAUCCAUCACCCCACAAGUCUACCCAAAUUUGCCGCGUUCGAUUGAAGUGCCACAGGUCAAUGAGAGUGUCGAUUACAACACAGACAGGCUGAACAAAGGACGCCAGUAAUGUGAAGUUUCACAAAAA